UCUUUUUCUUUUUAUUUGGGUUUGGAAUAAAUAUAUUUAGAAUUAGAUCCACCGGCAAAACUCAUUGAGAAUCAAAGCUCUUUGUUAUUCCUCCCUCUCAUUUUUUCAUUUCUUCUUCUUCUUCUUCCUAGCUCUUUGAUUUCGAAUCUUGAUCUCUGUCAAGGUCUGCUCAAGACGUGAUUUUGCAGCAAACCCAUUUAAAUUCUCGUACUCAAUUUCGGUUUAAAGCAAUCUCCCAGAGGAGGAGGUGGCGGGAAUCUCAAAUUCGUAUCUCUUACACUGGUGGUCGGAAAACACCAAUGCGGCGGUCUACGAGAAGACCACAAAGAAUAAGGACAAGGAGCCAAACAGAGACGGGUUUGGAGGAUAGUUGGAGAAUCUGAUCGGCGGAUCUGAUGUUGGGAUUGGGAUUGAUAGGAAUUACAAAAAAGGAUGCAGCUUCACGUAUCGCCUAGCAUGAGAAGCAUCACGAUAUCGAGCAGCAGCAAUGAGUUUACUACUUCUGACUUGAUGAAGAUCAAACUCGCAGCUCGCCACAUCUCUUACCGCACUCUCUUCCACACCAUCUUGAUCCUCGCCUUCUUGUUGCCUUUCGUCUUCAUCUUAACCGCUCUUGUUACCCUCGAAGGUGCCAACAAGUGCUCCUCCAUUGAUUGUUUAGGGAGGCGGUUAGGUCCACGCCUUCUUGGUAGAGUAGAUGAUUCAGAGAGACUAGCUAGAGACUUCUACACAAUCCUAAACGAAGUAAGCACUCAAGAGAUUCCACAUGGUUUAAAACUUCCAGAUUCAUUUCGCCAUCUUAUUUCCGAUAUAAAGAACAACCGCUACGAUGCAAAAACCUUUGCUCUUGUCUUACGAGCCAUGAUGGAGAAGUUCGAACGAGACAUCAGAGAAUCCAAAUUCGCCGAACUCACGAACAAGCACUUCGCAGCGAGCUCCAUCCCCAAAGGCAUCCACUGUCUCUCACUAAAACUAACAGACGAAUACUCAUCCAACGCUCACGCUCGGCGUCAGCUCCCAUCGCCAGAGCUUCUCCCUCUUCUCUUGAACAACUCUUACCACCAUUUCAUCCUCUCCACCGACAAUAUACUCGCCGCAUCCGUCGUGGUCUCCUCCGCCGUGCAGUCGUCUUCAACCCCGGAGAAAAUCGUCUUUCACAUCAUCACGGACAAGAAAACUUAUGCUGGUAUGCAUUCUUGGUUUGCGCUUAAUAGUGUUGCGCCUGCUAUUGUGGAAGUGAAAGGCGUUCAUCAGUUUGAUUGGUUGACGAAAGAGAAUGUUCCGGUUCUGGAAGCUGCUGAGAGGCAUAAUGGUGUUAGGAACUAUUACCAUGGGAAUCAUGUCGCUGGGGCAAACCUUACUGAGACAACUCCGAGAAGAUUUGCUUCGAAGUUGCAGUCUAGAAGUCCAAAAUACAUAUCUUUGCUAAACCAUCUUAGGAUAUAUAUACCGGAGCUUUUCCCAAACUUGGACAAGGUUGUCUUCUUAGACGAUGAUAUAGUAGUACAGAGAGACUUAGCUCCGCUUUGGGACCUUGAUCUUGGUGGUAAGGUCAAUGGAGCAGUAGAAACUUGCCGGGGUGAUGAUGAAUGGGUGAUGUCAAAGCGUCUAAGGAACUACUUCAACUUCUCUCACCCGCUCAUUGCAAAGCAUUUAGACCCUGAAGAAUGCGCUUGGGCGUAUGGUAUGAAUGUCUUCGAUCUAAAAGCUUGGAGGAAGACAAAUAUCAGAGAAACGUAUCACUCUUGGCUUAGAGAGAAUCUAAGGUUGAAUCUGGCAAUGUGGAAGCUUGGAACCUUGCCUCCUGCUCUAAUCGCGUUUAAGGGUCAUGUUCACGUAAUAGACUCGUCAUGGCAUAUGCUAGGAUUAGGAUAUCAGAACAAGACUGACAUAGAAAAUGUCAGGAAAGCUGCGGUGAUCCAUUACAAUGGGCAAUCGAAGCCGUGGCUGGAGAUUGGCUUUGAGCAUCUCCGGCCGUUCUGGACAAAAUACGUUAACUACUCCAAUGACUUCAUCAGGAACUGUCACAUCUUGGAGUAGUGAAAACGGAAACUUUCAGAUAGAUAUUAAACGUACUGCGGGUGUAGAAGACAGAGGGAAGAUACUAGAAAGUAAAGAGACAAAACAGGAGCACUGCAGGUUUUACUCACUCUAAAGAUUCAGAAGUAUUAGUUUGCCCAUAUACAUAAGAAGCUUGUUGCAGCUAAAGGGGAAACUGCUGCAUAAGAGAAAGAGAAAGAUAAGAGAUAAAGAUUCAUUCUUUAUGUAAAAUAGAUGGUACCCUUUUUGAAAUUCUUUCGGUUUCAAUUGGAAAGUCCAGUUCUUGAAUCUUUCAUAAGAAUAGAAAAAGAUUUGAUUUGUUUUUGGUUAUUAAGGGGUCAUGACUAGAAAGACCAGUUGAAGAACAAUUAUACGCUUGUUGCAAUUGAUCCACAUUUCUUAUUAUAUCAUUUUAGGUUGGUA